AAGCUGGGGGCGGGGCCGAGCGGUGUUUAUCCCACAAGGCCACGCGACGGGGCUUCGCCUUUCUUUUUCCGCCAUCUUGGAGCCUGUGGAGGCCUGCUGGGAACAGGACUCCUGUAACGCCAAAUAAUGUCUGGAAGGCUGUGGUCCAAGGCCAUUUUUGCUGGCUAUAAGCGGGGUCUCCGGAACCAGAGGGAGCACACAGCUCUUCUUAAAAUCGAAGGUGUUUAUGCUCGAGAUGAAACGGAAUUCUAUCUAGGCAAGAGAUGUGCUUAUGUGUACAAAGCAAAGAACAACACAGUGACUCCUGGUGGCAAACCAAACAAAACCAGAGUAAUCUGGGGAAAAGUAACUCGUGCUCAUGGAAACAGUGGCAUGGUUCGUGCCAAAUUCCGAAGCAACCUUCCUGCUAAAGCCAUUGGCCACAGAAUCCGUGUGAUGCUGUACCCCUCAAGGAUUUAAAUUUAAUGAAAAGUAAAUAAAGGUGUAGAUUUGUUCUCUUGUAUUUUUGUUAAAUGGCUUACCAUUUUCUUUUUCCUAAAUUCAAGUUGCUGUAUUUAAAUGGUGACGAUUAUCCAGCUUUUUCAGAGUACAAGGAAGCCAGGGAGCUAUAUGUAACGGCAAUUACAGAGAUUUAGACAAUAGGAGGGUUUUAAUGAGGGUAGAGAGAUUAGAGUAUCUUAAUACAAGGUCUUAUGUGAUGGGGGAGGGAAACAAGCUUUGAUUGGAGCCAGUGGGAAAAGGAGUAUGUUGGAAGUUUUAAAGUGAUGGAGCAUAUGUCGGAAAAGCUUUUGUACAAAUGGAGACUGUGUAUUCCAGGAAGGACAGAAGCCAGAAAUAUUAGCCAGUACAGAUACAUACCAUAACACUUUGCCAGGUUUCCGCAUCAAAAUGGAUCUAUAACUCUUAAUAUUUCAACUUUGGUAUUGUGGUAUAUUAUAUGUAACUGCCUUCCUCAUUAGAUUGGGAGUCAGUGAAAGAGACUUAAAAUUAUUUUGACGGCCUCCUUAAUUACCUUAAAGUGUAUGCACUUAAUAUAGAUCGGUUGGGAAACUUGUGAUGUAAAAAUGAUAGUUGUAAGAACUUAAAAUGAGGAUUAUAUUGAUAGUAUCUGGCAGCUUGUUAAGCUAGGCAAGGAUGAGAUAUCCUUGGGAUGUGUGACUGGACAAAGCAUGCCAUUAUGGAACACUUGACUGGUAAUAAUUUGUAAGUUAAAAAAACAAAAUAUGUCUCAAGAAAAAAGUACUCUUAGUGAGUUGGGAGUGGGGGGAGGUUGCCCAGACAGUGUAGUUUGGUUCCAUGUUUUAAUGUAGUAAAGUGUAGGAUCGAGAUAUUUUAGUGUAAGAUGAAACUAAAGCAGGGCUGCAGGGUAUUUCAAAUCUCUGAAUUGUUGAAAUAAAGUUUGAACCAAGGCAUCA